AUGGAAACAGCAACAAAUCGUAAAGAUUCAAAAGAAAAUUUAUCAAGUACCAAUGGAACUCGUUAUCCAACACCAAUUAAACAAAAAACUUCACGUUUAGAUCGCUCAUUAUCAAGAACUAAAGAUGAUAUUGAAACAAGUAUUAUACGAUCUAACACAGUAUCAAGUCUUAGUGAACAAGCUAAACCUGAUGAAUUAGCUUCUGGCUUAGCGACGAUGGGACUAUUAAAUGAUAGUGAUAUGAAUAAACUGAACACAACAUUUGAAUCAUUAGGUUCAUCAAACGAAUCAGUCGAAAAAAAUACGUCUAAAACUGAAUCAUAUAAAAUGCAAAAACAGUCAUAUCAAUGUGCGAAAAAGCGUAUUACAUCUGAAUUAGCAAAUGUACUCAAAGACUCAUCUGUUGUUAUCGUUAGCGAUUGGCUUAAAGUUCGAGGAACAUUAAGAGAUUGGACUAAACUAUGGGCUAUACUUAAGCCUGGUCUUAUGCUACUCUAUCGAAAUCCACCAUCAAAAAAUGGUGUUUGGGUUGGUACUAUUGUCUUAUCAUCAUGUGAAGUUAUUCAACGUCCAUCAAAAAAAACAGGUUUCUGCUUUAAAAUUUGGCAUCCCCUUGAAAAAUCUAUCUGGGCACAAAAAGGACCAAAUAAUGAACAAUUUGGUGCAAUAACAUUUCCACUUCCAAUGAAUUAUCUUAUUUGUCGUGCAUCAGAUGACACAGCAGGACGCUGUUGGAUUGAUGCGCUUGAAUUAACAAUGAAAUGUUCAAAAUUACUUAAAAAGCCUUAUUCAUCUUCAAUACAAAGUGAUGAUUUAACGACAAAUUCUCCAAAUGUUUCAACUCCACUAACAACAGCUGGCGAUGGAGCAUAUUUAACAACAAGUUUUUCAGACAAUGAUUUUGAAUUAAGUCGUAUAACAACAAAAGAAGAGGAUGAUCGUAUGAGUGAUGCAAGUGUUGAUGUAAGUAAAGCAUCAAGAAGUGGUUCAAGUCAUUCAGAAAGUUCUCAAGAACUUCUAAAUGAUGAUGAUAAUGAAACACCAUAUGUUGCAGCACCACCAGAAGAAUUGGGAGAACUUGGUAAUGCUGCACAAACUGAAGAAGUAGCUGAAGAAAAUAAAUCCCUUAUAAUGCAUCUAUUAAAACAAGUUCGUCCAGGAAUGGAUUUAUCAAAAGUUGUUUUACCAACAUUUAUAUUAGAACCAAGAUCUUUUCUUGAAAAACUUUCAGAUUAUUAUCAUCAUUGUGAUAUUCUUGAAGAAGCUGUUAAUUCUUCCGAUCCAUUAAUACGAAUGAAAACAAUUGUCAAAUUUUAUUUAUCAGGAUUUUACAAAAAACCAAAAGGUUUAAAAAAACCAUAUAAUCCAGUUCUUGGUGAAGUUUAUCGAUGUUUUUUUCAUAACACAAAGACCGACAGCAAAACAUUCUAUUUAGCCGAACAGCAUAGAUCGAUUCGUCAUUUUCAUAUACAAAAAAUGUUAGUUUUAUUCGCACUCAUUAUCCCUCUAAUAAAUGCUGAACAAAAAAUACGUACAUGUGGUACAAUGCGUUCAUUUUUUUCAACGGAAUCACGUAUUGUUGGUGGUGCAGCAGCAUCAGAAUUCGCAUGGCCCUGGCAAGUUUAUAUAACAUUAAAUGGUAUGUUUAUAUGUGGUGGAACAUUAAUCGAUAGACAAUAUGUUCUAACAAGUGCACAUUGUGUUGCUGGUGUAUUAUCAAAUAAUACAAAUAAUUUACUUGUUCGUGUCGGCGCACAUUAUAUGAUACGUGAAGGUUAUUAUUCUGGUACAAAUUAUCGUGUAUCAAUGAAAUAUAUUCAUGAAAAUUAUUAUCACCCAGAAUACGGACAUGAUAUUGCUAUAUUGCGUUUAGUUAAUUUAGUUAAUUUAAGUGAUACGGUUAAUGUAAUUUGUUUACCAACGAGUACAGAUUUUAAUGUAUCAAUGUAUCAACCAGUUGUUAUAACAGGAUUUGGUUUACUUAGUGAAAUUGGAUAUGUACCUUAUAGAUUACACCAAGCAGUUGUACAAGUUUUACCAACAUGUGGAUAUGCUUAUAGAUGGUUUAAUAGUACAUUACAAAUUUGUGCAGGACUUUUAGCUGGUGGACGGGAUACAUGUCAAGGUGAUUCAGGUGGUCCAUUGGUUUAUAAACCACGUAGGACAGAUCAAUGGAUUCUUAUUGGUAUAACAUCAUAUGGAUAUGGAUGUGCACGUUAUUUUUAUCCGGGAAUAUCGCAUCAUCCACCAAUUACCAAUUUUUAUGUAUCAAACCGAAAAGAAGGUUUUGCUGUGCAAGGCAGUAUAUUGGCAAGAUCGAAAUUUUAUGGAAAUAGUCUCUCUGCUAUUCUUGAUGGUACAGCUCGACUUACUCUACUCAAUAGAGGAGAAGAUUAUAUUAUUACAAUGCCUUAUGCCAACUGCAAAGGUAUUCUAAUUGGCAAAUUAACCAUGGAAUUAGGUGGUAAAGUAACAAUUGUUUGUGAAAAAACUCGAUAUUCAGCUGAUAUUGAGUUUAAAUUAAAACCAUUUAUUGGUGGUCAAGAGCUUACAAAUCAUAUUGAAGGAAAAAUACGACUUGAAAAAGAUGUUAUAUAUACAUUUUCUGGUCAUUGGGAUGAUGAAAUAACACUUGUAGAUAAAACAACAAAUGCAAAAAGUGUAUUUUGGAGAGUUACACAAUCCAUUGUUAAUUCACGAUUAAAACGAUAUGUUGUACCCAUUGAACAACAACAAGAUAAUGAAUCUGAAAAAUUAUGGCAACGUGUUACAACAGCUAUUAAACAAAAUGAUCAAAUAUCAGCAACCGAAGAAAAAACAAUUAUUGAAGAUGAACAAAGAAAACAAAUCAAAGAACGUAAAGCAACAGGUACUGAAUGGCAUCCACGUUUGUUCAAUAUUGAUCCAAAUACUAAACAAUGGAUUUAUACUUAUGCUGAUUCUCGCCCAUGGGAUGCUCAUAAUGAUAUAUCAACAUAUGAGAAUAAUUUUAUUAUCUGUACUCGUACUCGUCAUCGUGCACAGAAUAUAAAUCAUACAAAUCAAUCAUCAAGUCGAAAUAAUUCUAUAAUAAAUAUUGUCGGCAGAGCAUCUGUAUUAACUCGUGGUCCAUCACCAUCAUUCAAUAAUAUUGUUGACGAUGACACGCAAUAUAUAAAACCAAAUAUUACAAAUCAAACAUCAAUACUUUUAAAAUCUAAUGAUGAUAUAACAACAAUAUUAAAACGUAUUGAAACAACAUUAAAUCAUAUAAAUCAACGACUUGAUGUACAUGAAAGAGAUUUAAAUUCUUUAAAAAACAGUCGAAUAAAAAAUGAAUAUAAUCAUAUCAAUUCUUCUCUUUCAUCAUAUACUCAAUUGAUUCUUAUUAUUAUCGUUGCAAUCAUAUUAAAAUACAUCUUUCAUUAA